CACUGGCGCUGAUGCCUCCAGUCCCCCCGUUUUAAGAGACAAAGGUCAGAAACAGGAGCUUAUAAAUAGGCUAAAAUCUAGGCUUCCGCCGCGUCCAUCCUUCAGUCUCUCCCAAAGACACAGGAGGACAAGCUCGGGCCAGGAGACCUGGAACUGGCUGCAAAAGGACAUUAAAAGGACAAAAUAACGCAGAAAAGACGCACUUCAACGUAGCAGAAUGGCUCAAAAAGAGAAACUCCAGUGCCUGAAGGACUUUCACAAGGACACGCUGAAGCCGUCCCCCGGCAAAAGCCCCGGCACGCGCCCCGAGGACGAGGCGGAGGGCAAACACCCCCAACGGGAGAAGUGGUCCAGCAAGUUGGACUUUGUUCUGUCUGUGGCCGGAGGUUUCGUUGGUUUAGGGAACGUCUGGCGUUUCCCAUACCUCUGCUACAAGAAUGGUGGAGGUGCGUUUCUCAUCCCCUACUUCAUUUUCCUGUUCGGCGGAGGUCUGCCAGUCUUCUUCCUGGAAGUCGCCCUGGGGCAGUUUACCUCUGAGGGUGGAAUCACCUGCUGGGAGAAGCUCUGUCCCAUCUUCACCGGUAUCGGCUAUGCCUCCAUCGUGAUUGUGUCUCUGCUGAAUAUCUACUACAUCGUCAUCCUGGCCUGGGGUCUCUACUACCUGUUCCAGUGUUUCCAGCCGGAGCUGCCCUGGGCCAAGUGCAAACAGCCCUGGAACACCGACCGCUGCACCGAGGACACUUACCGCAAGAACAAAACCCUCUGGAUGGCUGCUAACCUCUCCAUGUCCAACUUCACCUCCCCCGUCACCGAGUUCUGGGAACACAAUGUGCUGGCGAUCAGUAACGGAAUCGACAACGUCGGCCCCGUCAAAUGGGACCUGGCCCUUUGUUUACUGCUGGUCUGGGUCAUCUGCUUCUUCUGCAUCUGGAAGGGCGUCAAGUCCACCGGAAAGGUGGUUUACAUCACGGCCACGUUCCCCUUCAUCAUGCUCAUCGUGCUGCUGAUCCGCGGCGUGACGCUGCCGGGGGCGUCUGCGGGCAUCAAGUUCUACCUGUACCCGGACCUGGAGCGCCUGAAGGACCCAGAGGUUUGGAUCGAUGCCGGCACUCAGAUUUUCUUCUCCUACGCCAUCUGUCUGGGCGCCAUGACGUCCUUGGGGAGCUACAACAAGUACAAAUACAACUGCUACAGGUCCAGGCCUGGCUUUCAUUGCCUACCCUAAGGCUGUUACCAUGAUGCCUUUCCCGACACUCUGGGCCGUUCUCUUCUUCAUUAUGCUGCUGCUGCUUGGCCUCGAC